AUAUCCAGUCCACCCCCACCAAGCCCCCCAGCGCACCCCAUCGAAGCACCCACAUAUACGAGUAUAUAUAAAAUUCCACAGACGCACUCCGACACACGCACAUACCAACACACACCACCCCCGACAUAUCGCAACCGCUGAAAUCGCAUCGCAUCACAAAACCGCACGCCCCCGACGACUUCCGCAAUUGCCUCCCAACCCGCCCGGAAGGAGGCCGUGACGGGAACGUAUGAAACCCCUUGUCCACAAGUUCAUACUCCCGCCGGUGCUCGUCGGCCUCCACGCGCUACUGCUCCUGCCACUGUUCUUUGCGCCGCCGCCGGAACAUCUCGGGAAUCCGCAGCAUGAACUGCUGCAGUCCCAUUCCUCGGAUGGCAGUGAGAGGGAGCCGCUGAUGCGGCGCUUGCACCUCAAGGACGCGAUCCCGAUCGGCGUCGUCGGUUUCGUCGGCGUGCAUGUGUUGCGCAGGUUGGCGGGCAUGGUUCCGCUCCCGAAGGAUCCGAGGAGGACUAGACUCGCGGCGAGGAUCGAGAAGGGUGUGUUGUUUGCGUUGGGCGUGGUGGAGGAGGUCUGGCGCUGGGGGUUGGUCCGGCUCUUGAUCAAGGCGAUUGGCGGCAAGGGCGGUUUUAGGGGACGAGGGGAGCUGUGGGGUUUGUCGUACGUCGGGCUGGCUGGGGAGGAGGAGACCUUCGCGGUCGCGCGCCCGAGUAUCUGGGAGGCGGUGUAUUUGAUGGGGUGGAUCUGGAGCGCGGUCGAGACUGUGUUGGCAUGGUACACCGUCCGUCCGACACACCCUGACGAGCUCCAUCAUUCGUAUAAUCAUUACCCCCAUUCGGGAUACAGCCGGCGCAAUAUAGAUGAGAGCCGCAACUCACCGCGGCGGCAGCUUCUGGGAAAACGCACACGCAGCGACUAUUCGACGAUGGUGCAGAGCGAUGCCGGCAGCGAUCAUGAACCCGCGGAGCGCCGCACCUUCUUCGAAACCAUCCAACACAAGCGUCGGGACCUGGGUAGCAGUCCGCGAGCUCGUGAGCGCCCCGAACUAACGAUCCAGUUUGUCCUCGAAGGCUCGGGCUCCACCACUGCAUGCGACGAGUCGAUCCGGAACUGUUCCGCCACUCCGACAACCCCGAAGGCUUUCGGUAAGGCGGUGGAAAUGGAGCGGGGAGAGACGACGCCUCGUGCAACUUUUGCCGUUCCGCCCCGGCACGACGGAAUAUCGGAUAACGACUAUGGCGACGACGAAGGGUCCGACUCCGAGUCCGAGUCUGGACUCAGCAGUCGCAGCUCGUGCGAUGGCACCAGAAGAGGGUAUUCUGAGACGCAAACGCCGCUAUUGAGCUCGUCGCUCCCAUACGAUCCCGAACAGGAUCAUCCGCACCACGAACACCUUCCCCACCGACAGGCAUCCUUCAGCACUUUGGGCGAACCAACAGCGCUUGUCGCCCUCAGCUCCGUCGCAGGUGAUACGGACCAUGUGCUCUCAUCGGAUUCGGAAGACGGUGGGCUGGUAGUGGUUCACGAGGAUGACGUCGACGCCUCCGACAGUGAUGAAGCGCCCACACCCAUCGAGCGCCCCCACAGCCCUCGCCGACGCAUAUAUCCCUCGUUCCCAUCUUACUCGGCGUCAUACAACCACACACACUUUCCCGCACUCGCGCCUGCUUUGUCCGAAAAUAAUGAGACCCAGCUGCCAACACCAACCGCGCCGCUUCCAGUACCGGCACCGGCGCCUGUACGCCAUCACAGCGUCCGAAGACGCGUGUAUGGCCUCUCGGUCGACCGACUUCCGGUGUACCUUGCCAUAAUGUGGCGAGCAGCAGCACUGCUGCGACACCUGGGACACUCGAUGUGGUUUGCUUGGGCGCCCGUACUUGUGUUCCAGGGCCAUCUCCAGUGCUGGUGUGUUCUCGUCCUGGGGGUGUUGGCCGUACGGAAGGGGUGGAACACGGUCGAGUGGUUCGGCGGGAGCGCAAGCAGAGCGGGCCUGUUGAAGAGCUCGGCAGUGCUUCUGACCAUAGGCACCAUAAUUUACAUCGGCGGCCUGGUGGUGUGGGGACUUUUAUAUUAGCUGGUCUUCUUUCCUUUCUCUUCAAUCUCUCGUCUUGUCUGGCGUUGCUGGGGAUAUCCUUUCAUAUGUUGACUUUAUUUCAUUCCAAAAAUGGGUAGCGGGUGGUAUCUUGUCCCUUUUUUUUUUUUUUAUUUCUCUUUUCUCUUCGAUUCUAUUCAUGUCUGAUCAUGCCCCCUUUUCCACUUGGUCCACUCCGACUUUUCUCCACGGCUGGCUGCUUCUUCAUCUCCUCUCACUCACUCACCUCACUCACCUCAUUCACGCAGUUAUGGGUUUUCCUUUGUAGCUUGUUGACUUGUAUGUAAUCUUUGUCGUAUGGGAUCUUUAGAAUGCGAGGGAAUGGGGGUGGGGGGGAGUGUAUAUGCUGUACGUAGUAGUAGUAGUAGUGGGAUGGUGUACUGUACUUAUUAUUGGGAAGGGCUGGGAUGGCAAUGGAUAGCAACAAAGGGUAAUUUGGAUUUCGAUCACUCCUCACUU